AUGGCAGGUGUAUUUAAGGGUAUCGCUCUCAGCCAGCUCUCCCACCAGCUCACGCGCUCCAGGCACCACCGCCCAGACCCACCGAGCUCAGCACCAUGGCCCGCACCCCCGACCUCCGCUGUCAUCCGCGUCCCCGGACUCCUCCGGGCCGCACUCCUGCUCCUGCUCCUGGUCACCUCCUGCCGGCACGCUGCAGGGGCUCCCGUGGCCAAUGAACUUCGCUGCCAGUGCUUGCAGACCGUGCAGAGAAUUCACCCCAAGCUCAUCCAGAGUGUGAAGGUGACAGUCCCAGGAGCCUCCUGCGACCAAACCGAAGUCGUAGUCACACUCAAGAAUGGAGAGGAAGCUUGUCUCAACCCUGAAGCCCCUGUGGUUAAGAAAAUGAUUGAAAAGAUGCUAAACAAGGGCAGCACCAACUGACCUGGAGAAAAGAAGGAAGCUUAUCGGCUACUGUUGCCUCCUUGGUGGGAUUGGAGGGAAAGAAGAGAAACAGAGUCCCUGGUGCCGCCUGGACUGUGUUUAAUGUGUUUGAGGAUCUCCUGGGAGAGCUCUUCUGUUUGUUUACCUGCACGUGUGUUUAUUUAUUUAUUUAUUUUUCAAAGCUUGUAUACCAGUUAAUGUUCUACCUAAUAUUUAAAGAUAUGGAAGGGCUUGGUAAUGUGUUGUUCUGUUAUUUUUUAAUGGUUAUUUUUAUGUUAAAUCAGAGUUAGUUCAGCCCUGUUAUGUAAUUGAGGAUGAUGCAUUUUAAAUGUUCUUCAUUCAACUUAUAUUUUUGGUUGGGAGUGGGGUGGGAGGCCAUGCUUUACCAUCUACUGUGGUAAAGGCUGGGGAUAAAUAAGGGGGGAUUCUAGCCAAUAGGUCAGUGUUUAGGCAGGGAAAGGUCAUGAGUACAUCUAUUUUUGUAUCUAUUUUGAGAAGAAUGGCCAUUGUUAUUUAUUGAAACAGUUUCACAGUAUGUGAUCAACAUUUCUGAGGUUGAAGAGAACUGAUGUUCUAAAUAUCCCUUAGACAUUUUGUGUCUUCCUAGUAAGGCAUAAUGCCUGAUUUAGUGUCAAUUAUGCAUUGUUUCCCUAUGUUUGGGAAUAGAGAAGUUAAAUGCAUAUAGAUGUAUUUUUACAAAUAACAUGCA